AACUUAUCUGACACCUUAUUCGGCUUAAGAUUCAGUCAUCAUUUCUUUAGCAACCACAAAUGUCUUUUAGAAAGAGGAGUGAUGUUAUUGGGGCUCCAGGCCAACCAAUCCCCACGGGAGGGAUCCAACGCGGUAUUAGGGGCCUGCCACAGCCGAUUUCCGCUCAGAGUCCAAGAGGCGAACCAAUGACAAGAGGCGUUCCUGUUUCCAGAGUACCGCCGUUUCAGCGUUCUCAAAUGUUCACACCUACUCCGGAGGUGGUACAUCCGGGCGUCAGACCGUCCACUGUGACAUCCCAACCUACCGUUUCCACGGGGACCAACGACUUGGACAAGAUUUUGCUCCACCAGGGCUUACCGUUAGGGACAUCUCUUCUUUUAGAGGAAAGCGGAACGACUGACUUUGCUUCCGUGUUGCUUAGAGUGUACGCGGCGCAGGGGAUCAUGCACAACCGGUUGGAUGCCACGAAGGCCGCACCUCCCAACACCCACGUGAUCGUCGUGGGCCAGCAAAGCGAUUGGGGAAAACAGUUACCGGGCUUGUACAAGGGUAGCAGGAAGGAUAUCAAGAAAGCCAAAGUCUUGGAGCACGAAUCGAAGCUCAGUGUGUCCAACUUGACGGACGCGCCUGCACCAGGCACGGGUAGCGCUGCUGCGGCGCGUGACUUGAAGAUUGCGUGGAGAUACGGCCUUAACGACAAAAAGAGUUCAGGAUCCAGCGAAAAUACCACAUAUCCAGACUAUAACAAUCAGUUCGACAUUACCUCCAGAUUGAUCCCAACACCGAGCAGUAACGAAAUUUCAUACAUCCCCGUCACUGGGACGCUGUUCCUCGGCGUGGCUGAACAGAUUGAAGGUGUAAUCAGGCAGAACCUUUCCAGAGUACCUACCAAGAUCAUCCGCGUGGUGGUGCCGAAUUUGCUCAGCCCGACCUUGUACCCACCACACUUUUCGUCCUCGAUGGAGAUCCUUCCUUUUGUGCACCAGCUCCGCGCAUUGUUAAGAAAGUACCCGGGGAACCUUUCAGUAGUUUCGUCACUUGCACUUGAUCUCUAUCCGAAGCAUAGCUCCACGACUGUGCUUUUAGAGAACUUGCACGACGCGGUGAUCCAUUUGCUGCCAUUUAACCAGGAAAUAGCCGCGUUGAUCGAGAGAACGUACAAGAACGACCCCACAAAGAUCCAGCACGGCUUGGUCAAUAUCUACAAGCUCCCAGUGUUGAGCGAACGCGGUGUCAUGGAUAUCAGAUUGAACGAGUUUGCUUUCAAAAACGGGAAGAAAAAGUUUGAGAUUGAGGCGUGGGGAAUUCCCGUAGAGGAUGAGGGUGAGCCUGAGGGUGAACACGGCCAUCAGACCACCAAGAAUAUUGAUUUUUAGCUGUACGAUACGGGGGGCAUGUGACGUUUUUAGACUGAAGCCUCUUUCUGACUAAAAGUUGGCUGGAUUUUAAAUAAAGGCUCAUUUCUGGUAACGGCUAUACACAAUGCCUGUGCUUGAACCAUAACACUAACUGUACUGUGCGUAGCAAUUGCUCAAGUUUUAAAAUAUCUUUAUAAAUAUU